UUCUGGAUUAAUUUUAUCUACUUAGUUUUGAAGGUACCUCUGUGUAGCAGACGAGUGCACUCAAAAUCCCAGUAGUUCCGAUACGAAGACGGCACAGGACACAGCGCCAGGAUAUCGAUGGCCAAGCAAAUGGCGGUGAACACAACGUCGCCGAUGGCUGGGCGGCGCCUGCUCCGCGAUGUGAACCGGCUGCUGGCCUCCGGUUACCGCACCACCGUGGACGACGACAUGGCCAACCUGGACGUGCGCUUCGAGGGGCCACUGGGCACCGCCUACGAGGGCGGCGUGUGGACGGUAAACGUGGCCAUGCCGCUGGAUUAUCCGCUGAAGGCGCCGCGCGUCCGCUUCGUCACCAAGAUCCUGCACCCGAACAUCGACUUCACCACGGGCCUGGUCUGCAUGAAUGUCUUCAAGCAGGCCUGGUCCUCUAGCUACGACCUGGUGAACAUUUUCGACACCUUCCUGCCGCAGCUCCUACGCCAUCCGAACCCCAAUGACCCACUGAACCACAAGGCCGCCUGCAUACUGAAGCAAUCGGAGGAGCUCUUCCGCGAGCACGUCAUCACCUGUCUGAAGAUGUACGCCCUGCCCGUAUUCCUCGCUCCAAAGGACCUCGUGGAGGAGGGCCUCGAGAAGCGAUCCUCGGACCUCAGUCUCUCCGAUCUGCUGUCGGAUGAUGACGAGGGGGAUGGAAACGGGAAUGGGAAUGGUUCCAUAGCACUGCCAGGUGCUGGGGCAGAUUGAGUAUUUGGAUGGUCUUUUUUGUGUCUUUGUAAGAGAACAGUGUGUAUUUGAACAAAU